AUGAUAAGUUAGAUUUAAAGAUAAAAGCUUUGUGAUUUGAUCCUUGAAAUAGGUAAGCUAGAAAAGAAAAUAGAAGUAGUGAGACAAUUGUUAUGCGAAUACCCAGAAUUUACUCCAUAUUCUGCUUUUAAAAGGAUAGAUAUUCGAUAAGUUAAUGAAAUAUCUUCUUAUGAUAUAAGACAUUUUGUAUAGGAAAAUAACUCUACUAUUUCAAUAACAUAAUGUGAACUUUUUAUCAAACUGUUUGACAAAGAUGGAGAUAAAAACCUUUCCUAUGAUGAGUUUUUAGACGCAAUCCUUCCUUAAGAUAACCCUAGAUUAAGAUAAAAAGUAUUGUAAAAAGAGCCAAUUGCUUUACUACCUGGAGAGAGGCUUGAAUCAGAAAUAGAAUACACAAUAAUUAAAUUAAUAGAUUGGGAAAGCAAAGGAGUUUAAGAAUUAGAAUAAGAAAAGUAUGAGUUUUUGGGGAAGGGCGUUAACAACAUUUCUAAAUUUUUGCAGGAUUGCUUUUAUUUAAUUGAUGUUGAAAAAAAAGGAUUUUUUAAUGAUAAAUAAUUGGAAUCAUUUUUCUUGCACAACUCAAAAGUUAUCUUUCCUGAAGAAACUUAAGCCUUUUUUAGGAGAUUAACAUAUAAUUGCUCUACUGAAGUUAUACAAGAAAAUGAUUUUAUAAUAGGAAUUGAUUUUGCACCAUACAAUCGUGAUAGAUAGAGUUAAACUAGAGCUAGAAUUUAAGCCCCUUUAUUAUCGUUUGGCAUAAAUAAUAUUUAAUAAUAAAAUUCACUUCAGUAAAAUUAAAGUAUAAAAACAGCAAAUUUUGGACAAAAAACUAAUGUAGAAGGCCGCAGUAGAAUUUACAGCCAAGAUAGGUAGUCAUUUGAUAAUAACUUAAAUCAUACUACUCCUACUAAAACUCCAAUAAAAGGCUAUUAUACUUAAGAUUUUUCUUCAAGAGGAUUGAGAAGUAAUAGUAACAGCAAUUACAAAACUUAGCCUAAUAGCAAAUUAAGAAGCUCAAGCAUUACCACCCCAUCAUAAAUAAAAAAUAACGAAAGUAAUGUAGGAUAUGAUGUAUUAACUUACUCAACUAGUAGCUAUAAAUAGAAUCCUUAUUCAGUUUAGCCAGCUGCUACCACUUCGGUGAAAGUGAUUAAACCUUUAGAAAAGGAUUUAGGUAAGGUAAGGGUUAAAGAAGAGUUAGAGAGAUAGCACUUGAUGAAGAAAUUAGCAAUAACUAAUAAACCUAAUUCAAAAGUAGAUUAAAUAGCAACUAAUAGUGCAAGGAUAGUGAGUGGUAAAAAAGUUGCUAAAUUUGCACUAUCAAAUGCAGAAACAGUUGAUAGUUUCUACUAACCAAGUGCUACCUAUUCAGGCUCUAAAUAAAAUAGUUCAAAUUUGAAGUAAAAAAAGACCACCCCUUUGAAGCAGAGAUAAGAAACCUCGCCCAAUUACCAAAAGUCACCAAUUUAAAAAAACAGUACAUCAUCUAUGAGAAAAUAAAAAACUGAAAUUCUAGAAAACGAAGAUUUAGAAGCUAAAUAAAUUGACUAAAAGUAAACUCUUCUUUAAUUUAAACAAGAUGUUAGAUGCAAAUUAGCAACUUCUAAAUUGAAUUAUGAGCGUUCGUUAUCUCCAGUAAAGCAAAUAAACCCAAACAAUAUUAAUUCUAAAUAAAAUAUCAUAAAUAUUUGUCUGAAUAAUAAUUCAUCAAUAAGAAAUUCUUCAAGAAAUGGUAGAAAUGGAAGUGGAAGUAAAUUAUCAUAAUCUUACAUUUUAAUUGAAAACGAACCGAUACGCAAAUCACCUGAAAAGAAAGUUCCCAAAAAUAAAAAGUCAAACACUUAAACAUCUAACAACUCUAUUCUUUUGUCUAAUAACCCUCAAAGAAACGAAGAAUAUAUUGAAAACAGUAUUUCUUACUUAAAAAAAUCAACUCUCAAGAAACAGCAAUCCUCUCCAAACAGUAAUAAUUCAUUAUCCCUUUCAAACUAGGGCGAGAAGGAUUUAUACACUCGUCUCAAUCCUAGUGCAGCUACAAAAACACCCUAAAGAAGCUUAAAAGCAAAUAUAUCCUAUCAUAUAAAUAGUUACCUGAUGGCUAUAAUUAACAAUAAUAAAAAUCUUGAAAAAAUAAAAUAAGACCUAGCCUUAAAAGCAGACUUCAAUUUGUAUGACGCAUUUAGACUCAUAGAUUGGCAAGAGAGAGGAGUAAUUACAGCUUAUAAUAUAGAAAUGUUCCUAUCUUCUCAUAAAAUUUCUGCUACAAUCAAUGAAAUUAUUCUUUUAAUUAAGAGAUUUGAUUUUCUCAAACAUGGAGCUCUAAGAUUCUCUGAUUUUAGUUGUGCCUUAUUAUCAAAUUAAGGAGAGUACAAGAGUUUAGUUGAGAGAAGGCAAGGAUCUGACAUAUAGCAAGAAAAUAUCAAGCACGUUUUUUCAAGAGAAACAAUGAAGUUGUAUACAAAAUUAAUUGUAGAAUACCUAUCUUGUGAAUAUUAAUUAGAAGCAAUACGUUAGUCUAUUUCUUAGGAUAAAAGAUGGGAUUAUGAGUAUUGUUUUGAUAUGAUAAAUGAAUCAUAGACUGGCCUUAUAACAGGAUUAGAGCUGAAGCACUUCUUGGAGUAUUAAAACUACCUACCAAAUGAAAGAGACAUCUCAAGUAUUCUAGAAAGAUUUGAUAAAGACGAGGAUAAUGCUAUUUCAAUUAGUGAAUUUGUUAGUGAGAUAUCUCCUCGUUCUUCAGCUUGA